AUGACGUUCUUCGGCGCGAAAUCUCACGACUACCGGCGCCAGCUCCGCGAGGAAGUGUCACUCCACGCCACAGGUGACCUUAUUGUCAAGCUACUUGGGGAGGGUGUGGAUGUACCCGUGCAGCCUCUCCCACAGUUGGGUGAACAUGGGGCCCUCGUCUUUCCCAAGGAGGACGAAGUCCGCACCGACCUGGCGAGGCAGUCAGGCAUGAUCACCCGGACGGAGCUCGGGGGUUACGUCGUGAGUGCGGCUGUCAUGUGUCUGGCACGUUCGCUUGGGAUUUCAGAGGAUCAACUGCUGAGUGGAGCGUCCCACGAGCUACAGGCACACGGGACGCCUCUGCUGGCGCGGCUCACGUCAAAUAACCAUGUGGAUCACGCUGCUUCGACGAGGACGCUCGGCAUGACCAUCCACCCGACGCCAUGCCCGCUUCCGGUGGCAUUGUUCGCCAACAUGCAUAUCGAUGGGGCGUCCACGUUUCAUGGGGACCAGCCACCAACAGAUAGCAUGCCCAUGAAGGAGGAGCCGGCUCACCCAACUUCUCCUCCGACACCGGAAGCACCGCCGAGCCUCUCGCGCAGUGCCAGGCUGGGUGCGUAUACGGUGGAGGACGAUGCGGCGUAUGCGUAUGCCGCGGCAGCAUACGUGAUCAGGCGCAAAGACUACAUCCCGCACACGAAGGAGCUGUCUGAAACGGAGAAGUCAUUCCUGAUAGGGUGUGUUCGCGACGACGUGCGGCAUCUUGUCAAGGCACGGAUGUGGUGGAGGUGGCGGCAGUGGAGGGCAGCAAUGGCGGAGCUGGGCAUUGUUCCUGGUACUCCCUUCCCCCUUGACGCUGCUGGCGCACGCUCGCCCGGCACCAGCAGUGGCGAGGACGACGGGGAAGACAGGAUGUUACAUGGGGCGGAGGCUGUGGACGAGGAGAGGACAUAG